ACACACACAAAAUUGUCUGGACAUGAUCACAUGAUCACAUUAGUUUACACCUGUGUCAAAAUGGCUGCACACGGGUCACUUUGACGAUGAUUCCUUGAGUGUUGCUAGGUGGGAUCGUCGCUAGAGGUAAGCUUUUAAAAGAAACAAAAUGAUUAAACAAAUAUGAAGCACAAUGGUUUAAACACAUGAUAGCUUAGACUAGAGUAAUGCUUGUACUGUAAAAGAUAGUAAAAAGUAGGCUAAUUUAAUCAUUUAUUUUAUUAUUGAGAUUGUAAUUAUAAUUUAAUUAAGCCUAAUUUAAUAAUUAGGUCCAAAUUAUUAUUAUUAAAUUAAGCAUUAUAAUUUAUAACCUUAUUUAUUAUUAGGCAUUAGGCCUAGAGUGGCUGUAGUCAGUCUAUAAUAGACAAGAAUAUGCCUAUUAAGUAUUAUACUGCCUGUAGUCUAUAGUAAAAAAAGUAUAACUAUAUUUAUUAUAUAUACUAUAUUAAUAUUAACUUUAACUUUUAAUAUACUUACUAUACGAUACUUAUACACUAUGAUUACUGAUUACUAUGAGUACUGUCUGUCGAGUGUCUAAGUAACUCACUGUCUAACUUAUAGGGUAGGACUAUACUCAGAAUACUGUAGUCGUUAUUGAAGUAUUCUUCUUCUUCUAUAGUCUAUAUACUACAUAUAUAUAUAUUAAGGGCCCACUAUCAAUUUAUAGAUCAUUUUUGGCUCCUAUGCAUGUAGAGGGGAUUUGCAAUGUUUCUGUGCCUGGUGUUGAUGAGGACAUUUCACUGAUUUCCAGUGCCACUUUGUGAGGGAAUUAUGCGCUGGGGGUUUGAAGGCUUGAGGCAAUAGACACAAAUGUGUCUAGUGUUGUCGCCUCAACUGUUCCUUUUGAAAGCUUGUUCCAGUCCCUGAUUGUCUUGGGCAGGAAUGAGCAGCUCCUAUACUGGGUUCUUGCUGGUGUGAGCCUGAAUUGCCUGUCAUGGCUUCGUCGAUGUCCAUAGGGGAGAGGGACGAGUUUCUGUUUAAUACUGGAACAGUGGACCAGCCCAUUAUUUAUCUUGUAAAUAAUGGAGAGCCUGGAUUGUCGUCGUCGUUCCUCCAAUGGUGACCAGCCUAGUGUUUCCAGCAUUCUGCCAAUACUAGAGGUAUUCCUAAAGCGGUUCAGGACAAAGCGUGCUGCCCGUCGCUGGACCACCUCUAACCUGUCAUGCUCUUCUGGGUAAAUGGGUCCCAGACUGAAGAUGCAUACUCUAAAACCGGACAGACAAAGGCUUUAUAUGCUCUUUCUUUCACACAGGAGUUGCCAAUUGUAUACAAUAUAUUCUAUACCAGAGCUUGGCUACUAUUUGUAUUACUACUAUUAAUAUUAUUACUAUAUUGAUAUUAUUACUACUAUUAUUAACUGAGUAUUAAUAGUAUUAUGAUUUAAAUUACUACUAUUAUUAAAUGAGUAUUAAUAGUACCGGUAUUAUGAUUUAAAUUGACUAAAUUAUCUUAAUUAUUUAGUAUAUAACUUAGUAUAAAUAAAUUAAAGCUUAUGUUAUGAGAAAUUUUGGCUAAAAAAUGUAUCUUAAAAGUAGGUUUGGGGUCAUCCCAGAAAGGAUGUCACACAAAUUAUUUUUUACAACAACCCCCCCCCCCCCAAANAGUUAGACUUGGACCCUCCUUCAAAUAUAACCUCACAAACCUCUGCACCCCCUCCCCCAUAAAACUCCAUCUGUCCUCUACAAACCUUUACAAAAUCACUUCCUAUGUCUAUGUAUAUCAAACUACUGCAACAGUUUCAGAACCAUUUGCUUAGAACAGUGGUGCUUAAACAGGGGUGAAAGCUCCCCCCCCCCUCCCCGCCCGUGGUUGCGGAAGACCCAGAAAAUAAAUUUUGUUGCUUCCAUCGCUAGUUGUUCCUAAAAUAAGUUUUUAUGCAUUUUGAAUAGCAGCAGUAAAUAUUUUUCUUGGUGAAUUUUAUUUGUGCAUUACAUGUAGUGGUAAUUUUUAUCUUGUUUCUAGAAAGUUAAUUUAAAAAAUAAAACAACAAUAAAUAAGUUAUUUCGCUAUUUUCAUUGUUUAAAUUCUAUUACAAUUCAGUUUACAUGUUUAAAAUUCGACAGGGAAUGCAGCACUGCGAAAAGUUUCAGUUACUCUGGCCUAGAACAUUUGCUAAAAUGACCCACCCACCCCUCCUUUUACAACAUUUUUCUUUCCAUCUCACUUCCCAUGUUAGCCCCCAUUCCAUGAUUCCUGUUUCGACAUAAAUUCCAACGACUAUUAAUGUUACUGCACCCGGAUUCUCCUCCGUGGCAUCCUGUAACUUAAUCAGAUGCUCUUUCUCGGAUCUCGCAUACCUGUACUGAUUCUUUCAGUGAUCGUAGUUGUAAAAUAAAACAAUAACAUUUUUGUAUUAAAUAUUGCAUUUUAAUAGUGUUAAAAAAUUCUGUAAUUUAGUGCUAUGAAGUGCAUUUAAAAAAAAAAAAUUCUCCUCUUUUAAUGUGAAAUCACCCUUUUCCCCUCUCCCCCUUUUCCAGCAGUAGACGUUUAUAAUUUAUACUAAAUUUUAAUGCCUUGCCUUAAGCAACCAAAUCUUCUUCUUCUUCUUCUUCUAUAUCUUGCUACACUUGCAUUCGGUAAUCAAGUGCCUAUCGUAUCUGCACAAAAAACAAGUAAUGUAUGUAGCGACCCUUUUAAGGGAUAUUAGCAUAGUUGUAUCAGUAUGACAACUGUUCACUUUAAAUAUCUAUAUAUAUAAUUCGCCAGAAGUAGGGCAAACACCACCACGCAGGCUAUAUAUAGAUAGGCCAGAGCAAGCAAGACACAGGCAAACCUCCCUUCCCUUGCCUGCCCAUCGUUGGUCUCGAGACAUGCACACUGCGAUGGAGCUACAGCCCCCCCCCCUGCAUCACCCUCGCUUGCCAGCCAGCUCCCAGUGUAUGCUAAGUCAUGGGUCGGCGUAAAAUAAAAAGUGUGCCGUGACGUAUCAUGAAAAAAAGGGGGGGGGGGUAGCAAAAGUGGCAUUCUUAAAUGUGCGUAACUAGAGUUCACGUUCUUGUCAAGUAACAUUAGUAGAUGGGAAGUUCACGCAUCGCUGUCGCCAAUGUUUGGCGGGCUUCAUCUAGUUUUAAUAAUUUAAAGAACUUAGACAAUAUAUCUAUUUCUAAAAAUAUUUAUUUCCUUAAUUCGUAUUGUAUUAAAUAUGGCUAAGAUUAACAGUCACAUUAUUGAGGAACAUUUCAUGUUAGGGCUUUUUUCAAACAAAAAAUUAAGAAUUCGCAUUAUAUGUGGAUUGCGAUAUACACUGUAAUAUAUUAUAAUUAUAUUAUUGCAUUAGGUAUGUAUAUAACUAGAGCUAACGAAUACAUGUAACAGCCCAUUUGUGUUGCUAUUUUAGAUGGCCUACUUGCUAUGCAACUACUCAAAGCUAGCCUGUGCAAACUGUGUUCCCCUGCCCUCUAUAGAAUAAGUUGAUUCAUUAAUAAAUGAUCCACUAGGAGUUUUGUGUGAUGUGACAUAGAUACUCUCCUUACAACUCUCCCUCUCCCCAACUGUGACCUUUGUAUCAAUAUUUUGGCAACAAUAUCACUAGAAGUUUGACCAAACAGGUAAAUUUAUCUUGCACUUACAUGUUAAUACACAGCGUAUUUGUUAAUGCUUAGUAAAGAAUACAUUUUCUGAUGAUUUACAGUGUUUCACUGAUAAACACAACAUCACCUUAUUAGUUGUCAUAAUAAACUAAGUGUAAAACAGGACAUAAUAAAUUUAACCUCAAAUAAAUUUGUUUCACCUAACAAUUGAUGUGCCCAUAGUUGAUUUCAUGUGUGCUGGUAUAAUUUACCUUCACUUGUGCUGCAUCUGAUGGGCUAAUAAAAACUAUUUAUUUAUAAAUAAUAAGGGAAUUGGAAACAUUGUUCUCUCUUCUAAGUUUUCCAGCAGCUUUAACUUAACUAUUAAGACCACAGUUAUGUUUUGCUUUGUUGGCCGCUAUUUUCUGAUGGUUGAGGUUUUUUACUCAGUGUUGACCUCCCUCAUGAAUAUGGCUGAUGAGUCCAUUGCACCCUUCUAAACCUUGGACUGACCUUGGACAAAUACGAGCUCACCACCUCUUGGUCAAGGUGCAGACAAGAUUGCCUUUGGCCUGCAGUACAUUACCAGUCCUGCUGAUUUUUAUCAUUUGUUGUAUUGAAUGAAAUUAGUAUUCAUUAAAAAAAAAUCAACACUAUUUUUAUCAUUACAGAUGAAAUGGGUUAAUGAAACAGAUUGAACAGUUAAAGUAAAAAUGGCUCGUCAUAACAGACUGAAAAUAUUUUGGUCAAAAUACAAGUUGACAGCACGGAUUAAAGUUCUCAUUGUGAUUGGUCUCAUCAUUUUGUUUGUUACUCCAUUGAGAAAUCUCUUGAUACCUGGCUGGCCAAAGACAUUGAAGCAACUCAGUACAUUUAAGGUUAGUUCGCAGGUCUCUUCUUGAAUUUGCCCAUUAACCUGAUUUUGAAUCUUAUUGUAAUGUUUUCAUUGUACUUAGAAAAUUAUAAGAAAUGAGAAUAACUUUUCUUCUGGCUCUUGCGUGACAAGAUUGCUAGAAAUACUUUGGGGGGGCGGGUGUUUACUGUUGAUCAGCUGUUAACAAGAAGUUUUCACAUUAUUAGUUCUCUUACAAUAUGAAGCUGUUUACAAAGCCAAUCAGGUUGAUUUUAGCAAGUUCAAUGCAAACAGCACCUACAGCAUUAAAUUAUUACUGAUGAUUCAGGGCUGUUAAAUGCAGUGUGGCGCUCUGAUCGUACUCAUUUCAAGCAUUUUCUCAUAAUGUUGAAUAAGGCAUUCACAUAAAUAUUGUGGGUUUAGUGGCAGUUUGGGGGCAAGUUUUUCGAGAGUCUGGAAAGUUAUAACCACACCGCUAAAAACAUAAGAAAAGACAGAGCAGUAAUAGUGGGUUAUAACCUUUAUGCCUCAAAGUCAUUUCAAGUUCUCCAGUGCUUCCCUGAGUGGUGGUCUACUGAUCUGUGCUGAUUGAAAAAGUACAAUAGUCAAUCAACUCAGCACCAGUUUGUUAUAAUGAAUACAUUUUUUCUGUUAUUCCUUGGGAAGCACUUCUGUAAACCAAACAUGACCAGAAAUUUUAAUUUCAACCAAAGUUUAACUACAUAAAGCAUAUUCUUUCUGUCCUCAAGACUUGCACCAAAACAUACGGUGAACGAUCUUUCUCUUUCUGUGCCCCCAAACAAUGGAAUUCUCUUCCACUAUAUACCGACCAUCACAGCCUUCAAAACUGCACCCAAAACACAUCUCUCUACUAUCUUGACUGAAAUCCUGGGUGGCUGUCCAUGGCUUGACAUGUAAAUAGUUCUUGAUUAUGUUUGUUAAAUUGUAUGUAUAGCGUGGUGAGCCCAGCCCUAGGCUGGAGUAGCGUGCUAUAUAAAACUAAUAAUAAAAAAUAAUGAUAUAUAAAAUCUUGUAUUAUUUCUUAAAUAUAUAAAUGAGUUGUUGCUAGAAUCCAAUUCAAGUACUAGCGUUAUUUUCUUCUUUUGCAGGUAAUACGUAUCCAUCUGGUGGAUUUAUUCUUCUAUGUGGAUCGUACCCAAUAUGACGGUCCUUGCCAAUUUGUGCAUGAAAAACUUGCAACCGUCAAGAUGCCAAAACUAUCUGACAUGCCAAUUUAUGAUAUACAAGAUUGGUCCAGACUUGCUGCUAAAAUAAAACCUUCAUUAUCAGCUGACCAACUGGAAUUACUGGACAACUACAAACCGUCGCUAACCCCUUUUGAACAGCGCUAUAUGUUGUUUGCAAUGCUAUCGGCCACCCAGGCCUUUGCUGCAUUCAACAUCACUUAUUUUGUUUCUGAGGGAACUUUAAUUGGAUACUGGCGCCACCAUGGGAUGAUUCCAUGGGAUGAUGACGUUGAUAUUUUAUUUGACAGCCAACAGUGGCCAUUGGCACGGCAAGUUUUAUCUUGUUUGCCUGACUUGCAGCUGAAUAUGGGCUCAGACUACAUGUGGAAACUGUAUCACAAGGAUGCUGAGCUUUGGCAGGGAGAAUCUGAAAUUAAAUUUCCAUUCAUAGAUUUUUUCAUGUACCAACAAGACUCUGGACAUGUCUGGCCCAUCUGCAUUUGGAUGAAAACCGAAAUCAUACUGCCAAGAGAAUGGGCACUUCCUGUUAUUAAAGGGGUUUUUGAAGGCUAUCCUGUGUUCCUUCCCCAACAGCCGGCCAAAGUGAUAGACUUUCAUUUUGGACGCGUUGAUUCCGACUGCUACUCUCGUACAUUUUUGAGACGGGAGCGUUUCCUAGUUCCGGUUCAAGAAAGGACACACAUGCCUUGUACUGUUUUAAAAGAUAUUUAUCCUUUUGUAUCUAGAAACCGAAUAGAUAGAAUCACUGGAGGGGUUACCGAGGAGAGAGUUGUGGCCUCAAAGGUUUUGUCUUCAUUCAACACAACAUAUCAUGGCACACUUGAGUGAUGUUUCUUUCAUUUAAAACUUAUUUAUUAUUCAAAUGUGAGACAACCCAUUCCUUCAUAUUAGUUGGCAUAAGUUUUUUUUAUCAUGUUUAACAUUUCCUGUGGUAAGACUCAAUUCGUUUUAAUUUGUGUUCUUUAUUUUUUAAAAAAAUAACCUAUUUUUUGAUGUGAUUUAAUAAUGCUUCCAUUGAGUUUAUUCUGAUAUAAACUUUACUUUUUUUUUACUUUUACUGCCCUUGAUGAAUUUAACAAAUAAUUUCUGUUUGUACAGCAUUUCUCUUAAUAUGUCACAAAUUGUAUUCCAGUGUAUCCUAUUGGGCACCUCAGAUGUAGAAAUUGAAAUUCUGACACACAAGUAAAUUAAUUUUUCAAACUUUAAAAAUGCUUUUAUUUUAUAAAGUUUGAUUGUUUUAAUUUUUUUCUGAAUAAAAUCAAAAAAA